UGUCAUUCCGUGUCAUUCAUUCAUUAUUUCAUUUUCAUUCGUAAUUACCUAUUCCAUUCCUAUUCCAUGGUAAAGACUAAAGAGUAUAAAUCAAAGGGAAUGUAAUCACUAUGUACGUUUUGGAGUUUACACGUAUUGUAUUACCAAAAAUACCAACUAAAUACAAUUUGUCCGAAUUUGAUUGUCUCAUUUAGUUUAAUUCAAAAAAGUUUGGGUGAAUUUUGUCUCAUUGCAAGAUUUGGUGGUGAAGUGUUGGGUAGCCUUUUUCUAGUCUACAGAAUCGUUAGACUAAUCCUAAAAUCGUAUUCUUCCGUACCGUGCUUAUUGUUGAAAUAUUACAUCCAGUGAGAAUGGAUCCGAAAGAAGUUGUCGAGCAUUUAGUUGCUGUGAAAGUAAUGAGGCUGACAAAGCCAGCUCUUAUCAGCCCCAAAAUUGUAACAUGCGAUUCUAAAGAUUUACCAGGAAACAUUCUAAAUAACUAUCUCAAAGAUGAUGCGACAUCUGUUACUCAGAUGGAAACACUUGCUGCAGGACAGUUUCUGUUGCUACCCCAGAGUUUUGGUAAUAUUUAUCUCGGAGAGACAUUUUCUUGUUAUGUUUGUGUCCACAAUGAAACAAACCAGCCAGUACAAAGUGUAUCUAUAAAAGCAGACCUUCAAACAAAUUCCCAGAGAAUACCACUUACCACCCAGCAAAGCCAUACACCAACUAUGCUUGAUGUUGAUGAAACCCUUAGUGAUGUAAUCCAUCAUGAAAUUAAAGAUCUUGGAACACACAUCUUGGUAUGUGAAGUAACUUAUAUGUCUCUAUUUAAUACUUUAUCCUCAUUUAGGAAAUUUUUCAAGUUUGAAGUAAUGAAACCAUUGGAUGUGAAAACUAAGUUUUACAAUGCAGAAUCUGAUGAUGUAUACUUAGAGGCCCAGGUACAGAAUAUCACCUCAGGUGCAAUCACCCUUGAACAAGUCUCUCUUGAAAGUUCACAGCAGUUUUCAGUGAAGUCGUUGAAUGAAGUAGGUGAUGGAGAAUCAGUGUUUGGAGAUGUCACAUUACUUCAACCGCAGGAGAGCUGUCAGUACUUGUAUUGUCUUACACCUAGAGAAGAUAUAGCAAAUGAUAUCAAGUUAUUGGCAGCAGCAAAAAAUAUUGGGAAAUUAGAUAUUGUAUGGAGGUCCAACUUGGGUGAGAAGGGAAGACUUCAAACAAGUCAGCUUCAGAGAAUGACUCCAGACUUUGGGGACAUUAGAUUGACUUAUGAAAAGCUUCCAAGUAGAGUACCGGUCGAUCAGCCAUUUAUGUUUCAAUGCAAAGUAACAAAUGCCAGCGAGCGCACCUUGAACCUUAUACUAAAAUUACGAUCUUUGCAAGACUCCAGUCUCAUAUGGUGUGGCAUUUCAAAUAGAAAAAUUGGUCCACUAGAACCAGGCAACUCGAUCCAUCUCAACUUAUCGGCUCUUCCUAUUAACACUGGUCUGCACAGUAUCACAGGAGUGUCACUUAUAGAUUUAUUUUUAAAAAGAACAUAUGACUAUGAUGACUUGGCAUACAUUUAUGUUAAUUAAUAUUAUGGUCUUGCCUGAAUAUGUCUUUUGUUAAAAGUUAUCAUAUAUGUUAUAAGUUAACUGUAUUUAUCAUAAUAAAAUGUUAUGAAUUUUACCUAAGCAUGCAAUAAAUUUGUUCUUUGUUUAA